AUGGAACUGGGUUGGUCUUGGCGCAGCAAAUCCAAAGCCAGAGGCCCAAGAGAAGCACACAUACGGCAAAAACUAGUAAGCCUUGACAAUAAGGGCGAUUUUAUUCCUGUAGACUGCAGUUGGAAUAAACCUCACCCCACCAACCGGUCUGUCUUCCUCUGGCACGCCGGUUUGUGGAUGGCUUGCAAAGAGUCUCGUGAGGUCAUGCGAAAACGCUUGUUCAAAGACCCCUGCUCCAAAGGAUAUCCGGACGAUGUGGACAAGCAGGUGAACGCCGGUCUGAGGAAAUGGUUUUAUGGCAUUGAAGAGGGAGUAGAUGUGAUUUGGAAUGGGUGGGGUCGAAAACUAGAAGCAUAUGAGCCCUGGCUCAUGGCUACGUCCCCCAGGGAUAUGUUCUGCAUUACUCCGGGCAAUCAUAGCCUCCUAGCUCGGUUCAAACUCUUCACGAGGCGCAGCGAUAUUUAUAUUUAUGAAUAUGCUAUCGAGUUUGACACGGAUUGGACCUCUGAACUGGCCGGUCUCGACAAAUAUCGACUGACGGACCGCUUAUCACCCACUUUAGCCUUCGCCAUCAAAGUCUUUUGCGAAAUAGCAACUCAGCAAAGAAGUCUACCGUCGGUCAUCCAUCUAAUCGACAGAUACUCUGGCUGGAAAAGUGUUAGCAACGCUGAGGAACCCUCGGUGUAUUACGACUGCAAACACCAGUAUAUCCAGAUCGACCCAAGCAAUCCUCUAGCCACGAAUCGUCUUGCCCGAAGCGCCCCUAUGCUCAGGUUCUUGGACCAGGUUAAUCGACUUCUUAAACACAGAUUGACCUGGAAACGAAAGACAACCCCUUGGGCUUGGGUGAUUACGGGCUUCCGCCUGAUGGGCUGUCUGUGCGGAAGUUGGUGCGGGUCUUGGUCAGGCGUGAUAACGAGGUGGUGCCCAAGACUACAAGAGGCAAUGCUGUUCCGCCCAAGAUGA